AUGGCGGCUGCUGCUCUCGCGCGAGUCUACGGGUUGACCACGACAACUUCUGACCCUCAACAGCCCCUCAACAGCGCUAGCGAAGGGGCCUGCUGCGUAGUACGUGGCGUCGUUAAGCUGCACGCGAGAUCUCACGUCUCUCAUCACGGGCGUGUGUGCUCUGCCACCACUCGCGUGGCUUCACCUGGGCUGGCUCCCAAAGCAAGGGAGAUCCGAUUAAAGAGUUCGAAAGGCUUAAACGCGAAUGGUCUCGGCUUAGGCGACUCGGUGUACCCGCAGGUGGCCUUGCCUCGCUGCGGCUUGUUCGCUUUUGCUGAGAAAGACUCGACCUCACUGCUUGCAAAAGUGGCGUGCGACGACUAUGGGUCUGUUGUGCUCGCGACUCACGUGAAGCUCAGUGCUCGCAAUGAUCUGCUGCGGGUGGGUCGUCUUCUCACUGCUGCGCACUCAGCUAUAGGUCUGGGGCUGUCCGCGGCGGCUGUGGGCUUGCGGUACGCUGACGUUAGAACUUGCGACAGAAAGAAGCCAAAAGGUUGA